AUGGACCAAAUCCGGGCGAAGUACGAUACAAAAAUUACUACGUGCAUCCUUCAAACCCCUCCAAUAGUAAUGGGACUUGAAUUUUGGGGUCGUUUCAAACAUUUGUGUGAGAGAGGAGAGAUCGCUUGCCCUUUGCAAUACGAAGAUGGAAGGAAGGAGAAGGAGCGACUGAAUCGAGCGCACCAACUUGGCGCGGGAAACACACUUGCUCUUCUCGACCUCCAACAAUCACUACUAUCUUGGGACACCCCCGAAACGUCCACAACGCCGACAACGAAAAUAGAACAAUCAACCGUCCGCUCUAUCGAUGGCACAGAGGUAUAUCCUCGGCAAACUACUGGAAGACGACAUCGCUUACCCCUUCUAAGACUCGAUUCGCCUCCAAGAACAGCGAACUUCUGGAUCAAAUCUAACAGAACGAAAAACGAAAAACACCGAUUUGGAGAUAAAUGGUGCCUUCAAGAGAGAUGCGAGGUGGCUUCAGGAUAUUGGGAACAGAGGGGUGACGCAAAGUGA